GUAAUGACAUGUGCCGUGCUCCAGACUGCACAGCACAUAUUUAAUGUGCGUUUCUCCGCUAUUUGGGAUAACACUGUUGGGGGGGAUUUUAUUGUGACGAUCCAAACGGGACUUUUUGCGAGACACGCUUGCAAACUUACUUUGAGCCUUAGCGGAGGUACGUGGUAGGUACCGAGCGGAAACUUCCACACGGAGCUGCUGCAAGAGUUUAUGGUCUCCAAAAAAGUGGCAGACACCGGGCGAGCGAGCAGGACGCAGGCAGGAUGCUUCCACGCAGGCAGCAGGACUACGGCAAGCGAAGGAGCGACGGAGUGCGCGGCGUCUCCGUCACCAGCUUCAGGAGCGCGGCGAGCCCGGGCUCCGUCCGCCGCGGCUCCGCCGUGCUGCCCUCGGUGCUAACAUUCCUGGUGAUCGUCGCCUCCGGAGGCCUGCUGCUCAUGAUAGAGAAAGGAAUGCUGAACGGCGUGGAGACGCCUUCUCCUCGGGGCAACGCGAGGCGCCUGGAGCUCAUCAGAGAGAGCCGAAGAAACGGCGCAGAUGGCGCGGACGUGGACUCCCAGAUCCUCCAGGAGAUCCGCAACCGCACCAUCAGAACCAUGUGCAGCCAGAAGAACAUGCCCCACAGCAUCUGGUCCCUGAGCCCCCCGCAAAGGAAGACGGUGCUGCAGCACAUCCUGGUCAACGACGAGUACCGCUUCCUCUACUGCUACGUCCCCAAGGUGGCCUGCUCCAACUGGAAGAGAGUCCUGAAGGUCCUGAGCGGCGCCUUGGAGAGCGUGGACGUCAACAUCAAGAUGGACCACCGCAGCGACUUGCUGUUUCUGUCCUCCCUGAAGCCGGAGGAAAUCAGCUACCGCCUCAAGCACUACUUCAAGUUCAUGUUUGUGCGGGAGCCCAUGGAGCGACUGCUCUCCGCCUACAGGAACAAGUUCGGGGAGAUCGAGUCCUACCAGAAGAAAUACGGAGUGGAGAUCGUAAGGCGGUACCGAAAGGGCCGCGCCAAGGAGGCGUCCCUGACGGGGGACGACGUGACCUUCGGAGAGUUUGUCCGCUACUUGCUAGACGAGGAUGCGGAGCACAUGAACGAGCACUGGAUGCCCGUUUACAACUUGUGCCAGCCGUGUGCCGUUUCUUACGAUUUCAUCGGCUCUUACGAGCACCUCGAAAGGGACUCGGACUAUGUGCUGCAGCGCAUCGGCGCGCCUCCCUUUGUUCGCUUCCCGGAGAGGCAAACGUGGUACAAGCCCGUCACCACGGAAACGUUACACUAUUACUUGUGCACUUUGCCGCAGAAGCUACUCAGGGAGCUCCUACCCAAGUACAUUUUAGACUUCUCCCUAUUUGCCUACCCCCUCCCAAACACAACCGUUGAACACUGCAGGCAUUAAAAGAUGUUCUGUUUUGCAGUUUUAUUUUAUUUCAGUUUGUGUUUUUUUUUAUUCCUAAGUAAAAAGGCUGUAUUUUGAGAGAUGUUAAAUAUGUUGUAUUCGUUGUUACACCAGCGAGUUCAAAACCACUAAAGCUUCACAGUGAGUACAUGAGGAAAAGGGUCACUGAAUCUUUUUGGGACUGUUGCAGUUGAACGGAGCAAUUCAUUUUCUAGUGACUGAAGUAUUAUGGUACUGCUGACCUUGGUGAAGGUCAAUUUUUAACAGUGUUCUGUGGACAUUCUGUGGUUUAGCAGGCUAAACCCAAGACCUAGCUAGAAGUUGGCACGCAUUCACCGUCAGCAUGAAUCUCUGUACCGUAAUUUGGUUCUUUUAACGAUUUGUUUGAACAAAAACUGGGUUUUUUCCUCCAAUCUGCAUGAGUGUCAACAUUUUUGCUCGAAAGUUUUUAUGUUUGAAAGCCUUAGCUUGACUCCUCUUUUUGACAGUAUAGCCAAGGUGCCCGGUUUUCGUCCUCUCCCAAAAUGGUUUAUUUCCAAAAGAUGUCUAAAUUUCAGUGGUGAUAUAAAAUGUUGCUUAUGGAGCAGAGGCUUCCUUCUUAGUUACCGCCUUCUCAGUCACUGCUGAUAUAAAAACUGGCUUCACUGUGCACAGCAACAUUUAGCGGUCCUCCAUUUUCCUGUUUAUGGCCACUUUGAGCCUUGGUGCAUCUUGGACAUCCUCACCAAUUUCCUUUCAUCUGAGAGCAACGGUUUGCGUCGGGUGGUUGAAAAUGGACAACUGGGCAAUGAACCCUGACACGCACCAAAGCUUCGUUUUAGAAUGGAUAGGUCAGAAUAUUAUUAGGCUUAUUGAAGGGCCUCAACCCUAUUGAGAGUUUAUGGUUUACAAGCUAGAACCCCAAGAGAAAACCAUCCAUUUAAAAAGGGAAUUAUGCCAGAACCAUCUCCAUGGCCAUACAAAAGAAAAAAAAAAAACAAAAAAAAAAAACCUUGGUCACAGUUUAACCAUUACUCGGAUACAUGUUUGCAUUUAGACCUGCAUUUAUCAUUUUAAACCAGGGUAGAUUAAAUCCACAAAUUAAUUCUUGGUUUUAAAAUUCAGUUGCAUUAUCAAUCUUCUGCGAAAACUCCCCUGAAAAAAAAAAAACACAAUUCAAAGGAAUCAUUUAAAGACUCCAAAUAACAGCACAUUCAUGCUGAUGAGUUGUUUUUUUUUCCCUCUGUGCCUUACAGUUCAUGUUAGAAAUUGUUUUCCAUCAAAUAAAACUGAGAAACUUUGUAAA